GGUGAUGUGUGAAAGAAGCCAUCAUGGACAUGGAGUCGCUGCUGAUGUCUUGGGGGAUGCCCCAAGAUGUAAUCACUUCAUUUAAAGAUCAAGAAUUUGAUGAGGAAUCGAUUAUGCUGAUUGAUAUCAAUGACCGUGCCAUGCUGGAAAUGAUUAUCCCAAAGCUGGGACAAAGACUGAAAUUUGUGAAACAUUUCCUGCAUCAUAAAAGUCAGGUUAGUUAUAGAAGAUGAGAAGUUGCUGCACAUGCCAAGAAUAUGUUUAGCUGUUUUAAAUGUCUUCUAAAACUAGCAGAUAAUGAGAAACUGUGGAAACACUUGAGAACUGUCCACAACAUAACUACAAAAACAAAAGGAAAGAUCAUAUGUGGACAGGGAAAUUGUACAAAUAUUUAUUACUCUGGCUAUGCCUAUAAAAGGCACUUGGACUCCGAUCAUAAUUCAUUAAAUGAAGUUGCUGCACUUCAAGGGUCAAAUUCUCCUCAACAGUUAGCUCAGCAGGAAGCUGCAGUGAUUGGUACAUUUCCUGAGAAUAACCAAGAAGACACCAUAAGUGAAGUUCUCCCAAGAUCCUCAACAGAAAUAGGAGCAGCAGUUAAAGAUGCAGCAGCAAGUUUCAUAGCUGAUUUUAAAAGUUCCUCCAUACCAACUUGUACUGUGCAAAGAUUUAUUGAAGGGACCAGCGAACUUAUUCAUAACAUUGUAUGUGCAGUUGAAGAAGUUGUAGCCCCUAUUAUAAAAGAUGCCAAUGACAGUGUAUGUCCUUCCAAAGAAAGCAUUGAAAACAUUCAAUCAACUUUGCAAUCAGUCAAAGAGCCAUUUUUAAACCUCACAACUGAAUACCAACAAAAACAACAUGCAAAGGAGAAGGGAGCUCUUGUAGAACCAGUGGAUAUUACAUUAGGUUACAUUCAUAAGCAAGCAAUUGACAGGGAGUCUGGAAGGACACACCAAGACAGAGUAGCUGAAACAUUUCAGUAUAUUCCUAUAGAGGAAAAUUUGAAAACUUUUCUUGAAAGACCUGGAUGUAUUUUCAGUAUACUUCAAUAUAAACAGAAAGUCAGUGACAAAAUUAUUCUGGAAACCUACCAAGAUGGAUUGUAUUAUAAGCAAUCUAGACAGGCAAAUGAUGGGGAAAUUACAAUUCAACUGUUACUCUACACUGAUGAAUUUGAAACUGCAAAUCCAUUAGGAUCUAAAAAAGGACAACACAAGUUAUUAGGCGUGUAUUUAAAAUUGCUUUGUUUGCAUCCAAAAUACCAAGCAAAGUUAGAUAAUAUUCUUUUGGUAGCGCUAGCCAAAUCAACACUAGUUUCAAAGUACGGACUGGACUCCAUUUUUUCUCCCAUUGUUCGUGACCUGGAAAUUGUGUCUGUGAGUGGCAUAAAUGUCACAUGUGAAGGAUACAAAGGAAUGGUAAAGCCAAAACUAUUCCAGAUAAUUGGGGACAAUUUGGCGAUGAACACAGUCCUGGGAUAUGCAGGAAGUUUUUCAGCAAAUUACUUUUGCCGUUUUUGUAAGACUAUCAAACAAAUUACUUACACUCAAGUUGUAGAAGAUCAGGAUUCUCUCCGCACGUGUGAAAACAUUGAGCAUGACUUGAGGCAAAAUGCCUUGCCAUUAACUGGUUUGGCAAGAUCAUCAGUAUUUAAUAACCUGAGCUACUUUCAUGUAUCACACAAUGCAACUGUGGAUAUAAUGCAUGAUUUUUUGGAAGGACUACUUCCCAUUGAAAUGAAACUUGUGCUAAAAGAAUUCAUUUCUGAUCAAAGAAUUUUCAGCUUGGAUCUUAUCAACAGCAGAAUAGGGUCAUUUAGCUAUGGUUUCAAUGACCAAAAGAACAGGCCUUGUCCCUUAACUCAGAGUCAGCUAAAUAAUCCAUUUGGAAGCAGUGGGCAAAAAGCAUCCCAAAUGCAAUGUCUUGCUCUUUUUCUGCCACUCAUGAUCGGAGACAAAGUUCCAAAAAAUAACAUGUAUUGGGAAUUGUUCAUCAUGCUGUUAGAAAUAUAUAAAGUAGUGUGUUCACCCGUUAUCAGUAUUGAUGGAACUUACUACUUGAAGUCAAAAAUAAAGGAGCAUCAUACUUUGUUUUUAGAGCUGUUUCCUGAACGCCACCUCAUACCAAAAGCACACAACUUGUUGCACUAUCCAAGAGCCAUACGUCUCUUGGGCCCACUCCACCAGUACACAUGCAUGAGACUAGAGGCUAAACACAAUCCAUUGAAACAAUGGGCGAGGACAUGUUAUAACUAUAAGAACAUAGCCAAAACCUUGGCAUCCAAACAUCAGAUGGAGCAGGCAUACAAGAACUUGGGGAAACAACCUAUGGAGAGUACUUCUAUUGAAAUUCAGAGUCAAACAGUUACCCCAGCUUCACUAUUGGAUCAUGCUGAUAUCAUAAGUAAUUUGGUUGGAUGCCCUCUUGAUACUGAAGUAAUUGUGUGCAAAACCAUCAUAGUCAAUGGCUACAUGUACAGGUGCAAUGUGAUGAUCUUAAUUGACUGGAAAGAUGACUUGCCUGUAUUUGCUAAGGUAGUGCAAAUAGUAAACCAUGAAUCCCAGUUGUAUUUGAUUUUGCAACCAUGGGACACACUCUAUUUUGAUGAUCACUACCAAGCUUAUGCAGUGAAAGAAAAAAGGACAAAGGAAUUUCAAGUUAAGAGACCAGAUGAUCUUACGGAGCAUAGACCUUUUCAUACAUGCACAAACUAUGAGCGCUCAGACCACAGCUGGUACAUUGUCACUCGUUACAACAUGGUCUGAUGGAUUUCUGAAAUACAGUGUGGAAGCUAGCGCAAUGGAAGUCGUGACUGUUGCUCCUGUUACAUUUCCUGAUUUCAUGUCCUCUCAGCAUUUUAAUAGAUCCAAUGAUGCUGAAGCUGGUGAUAGUUCCUUUGAUUUGAUGAACUCAGUAGCUUCUGCAGUAUCUGUAGACGAUUCAACUAGCCUUUUCAGCAGUUUGGAAAGUGAUGAAGAUCAGUCCAUACUUUCCCAGGCCGAAAAAGUGGUAGAACCUUAUGUCAUCAAACCAUCAACAUCAACAGAGGCAGUGCCUGCAAAACUACCUCCAUUGAAGAAACAGAAAUCUUGCAAAUUUGAUGUUCAAGCUAUACUGGAAACGACUGCUAAGGGCAAAAAAGCAUGUGCAUCUAUAACCAAAGAUCGUAUACUCACUAAUGAAGCCCAACGGGUUAUUGCUGAUAUGUGUGCUCAACAUCUCAUACAAAAUUAUUGUGAGAGACCCAGCUCAGAUGUUAAAGAAGCAAUGGCUCACUCAAUUGUAGUUGCCUUUCCAUGCCUAAAAGACCCGGAGGGAAAAGGAUAUGAACAGUGGUAUACCAAAGGAUCAAAAAUAUGUACGGCAUCAGGUAUAUUGGAGAAUAAACUGAGAAAUCUUCGGAGAAGUAAGGUUAAGGAGGAGCAGGAAUCAGUGAUGUUCUCUGAAGAAUGUGAUGAAGGAACUUCUAGUGAAAAUGCUGUGCCUGUCACACAUGAUGAUGCAGAUAAGAAGAAGAUGGAGCAGAUUGCAGAACAAAUGAAUCAUAUAAGUGAUCCAUCAAAGGUUAGAGACCUGAUGAGAGAAACAGCAGAAUACCGAUGGAGUUUACUGCAUAGUGCUGAAUGUCCGGAUUUGGCUGAAACUCUUAUAAAAUUCCCUCAUCUCUUGGACAUUGGAAUGAUUGAACAAGACUAUGAGGUCAUCUUCCCAGAAAAGGCAAAUCUCUUGUAUGAAAAAUGGAAAGUCAUGUCAGCAUGUAUUUUGACAUACGCUGCCAGUGUGGCACCGCAAUGGAAGAAGAAAAUUGGCUUGGAUGAAGAAUAUGCCAACAAAACCCUGAAUGAGAAUGAGAGGAUGAAUCUUGCCUUCUUCGCACUGCCAGUAUUAUUUGAAGGAAGGAAGAGCAGCAAGGGGGGCCGGGUAAGCUCUACUCAGUCACUGGAUUUCUUCAUUGACUUCCAGAAGGAAGGUGUUGGUGUCGACAACUAUCUGAGAGAAAUUCCAGGAGAGAAAACCCAGCCAUAUAUACUAGCUCUUGGAGGAAGACAAGCAAAUCCACAACAACAGUUUGUGAUUGUCGAAAGAAAAGCCCUUGAGACCAAGACACUGCUAGGGGCUGUCAGUGUGUGCUACAAAACAUACCAAGUAUUGGAUCUGAAAUACUCUACGCCAACCCAAGGAAUCUGGGCAUUUUUUGAUUCACUUAUCUUCGGCGUGAAAACCAGAAAUGAACCUGGCUCUAUUAGAGCUUUCCGUGCAUAUUAUCACUUUGAUAAUCAUUCAUAAGUGUAAGAUGUGCUCUUAAGUUGUUCUGUGAAAAUUGCUCUGUUUUUUGGUUGGAAUUAAUGUGUUGUUUGCAUUUUUGUUGUUGAUGCUUUUGAAUGGACUUACUGCCUCUGCCCCCUCAAGGGUUCAACUUAACACAUAUGCUGGUUCCUGAUUUUUCACAAAAAAGCACAUUUCGGGGUCAUAAAAAGAGUCAUUUUCGCAACUUUUGCGUUGUUUCCACUAUUGAAGCUGACCAAAAAGGGAGUAAUAUGGGGAGAUUUUGCAGCAUUUGUCUCUUAAUAGGGCUAUGUUUAAAAAAAAAUUGUUUAUUCACUGAAAAGAAACAGAAACAGGUGAUGAAUUACAGACACUUUUUUUUUUUGGGGGGGGGGGGGGGGGGACAGAUGGCAUUGUUUUUCAGAUGGCCAGAAUAUAGAGGGGACCGUAGCUCCCACUUCACUCUGGCAACACCACUGAUUUAGACUUUCCAACAAUUUUGCAAGCAAACAAAUGAUUACACUCAUCCAACAGAAAAGUUUCAAGCCUGGCACAGAUGCCACUAACGUGCCACAAGACAAUUGUCAUUUUCACAUGCCUAGUCUUGGCCCGUUUUCAUUAUCACAAAUUAUCAAAGAAGAAGCCAUAUUGCAAAAUAUAGUGCAGAUCUGCUGCACGCACUUUGUCCUUGUGUGACCCUUUGUAUAUCUAUUAUGAAUAUUCAUAUUCACAUCUGUUCGCGAAUACUUGCCGCAGACUUGCCAUAAACCUGUCAAAGAUCUGCCUAACUAUUGCACGAUGCGAAGUU